GUUCCAUUGUGUGUGUGUGUGUGGGAGACAUCAUCACGUGAUACGUUAUUAAAACAAUCUACCGUCAAGAACUCGAAAAGCUCCUCUUUAUACUAUUCGCAUUUUUUCACAGGAUCCUCUGCGAUACGCCUACCAUGGCCCCAUUCAAGCAUGUUGUUUUCGAUGUCGUCGGCACUCUUGUCUCGUUCGAAGCAUACUUCUCUCAAAUCAACAAAACUAUUGGACCAAAACUACUCUCACAUACCAUCACAGCUCAGACAUUCGGUUACACCUGGAUGACAGCAGCAGAGCUCGAAUUCACCUUUCUCUCCAUCUCGUCACGAUAUCGCCAAUACAAAGAUGUACUAGCCGCCAUCUUUUACCGCACCCUCUUUAUGCUCGGCGUUUCGUCACCACAGAGCGAAUUCACCGACGAGGAGCGUGAUGCCUGCAUCGCGGGGUACUCGCUCCUCGAGGUGCGCCCGGGUGCCGUACAAUGCCUACAGACACUGCGAGAUGGUGGCUUUACUGUAUGGGCACUCACGACCGGUGACCCAACCCGGGUCUUAGGGUAUUUCAACAAGGGAGGGAUUGAGUUCCCAAGGGAAAAUUUCAUUACGUGUGAUACUGCCGGUGUGGCGAAGCCAGCGCUGGCCAGCUACAAACCUGCACUUGAGAAGUUUGCGGAUGAGGAUCAGAAGUGGUUCGCUGCUGCUCACAUGUGGGACGUGAGUGCGGCUGUGAAGGCCGGUUUCAGGGGAGCGUAUUGUACGAUAUAUGAGCAGGACGCUUGUGAGACCAUAUUUACCGAGAAGAUGGAAAUCAUGGCCGACAAUUUGGAGACAAUGGCGAAGAGGAUUGUCGAGGCUUCGAAUCCAUAAUUUACCGGUUGUUGUAUCAGGAGGGAGCGCGCGACUGAAAAUCAGCCAGUAAGUGCGGGUAAUAAUAGGAUGCCCUUGGGCAAAAGGUUCACAGAAAGGUAGAACGGCAUUAAAACGUUCGGAUUUGGGGCUCCAGGAGGCCACUUCAUAGAAGAUCAAACAAAGACCUCAUGCAAGCGACAUUCAACUGUUCGUACAUUUUGUCAAAAAUUCAGAGCACUAGAUACUUGACACCUCAAAAUCAAAGUCUGACUGCAUGGCCGCGUG